CUUGUAUGUGCCCUGACUGGGGAUCGAACCCGCACCCUUGAUGUAUCGGACGAUGCUCUAACCAACUGAGCUAUCGGCCAGGGCUAAGCCCUUAUCCUUGUGAAGUGGUUUCCCUGGAUUUUACAGAACCCUGAAUCUUGUGGGAUCUUUCACAGAGACACGAGGUCCACUCUGUAGCUCACACUGACAUUAUACCUGGAAAUCCCUUUCUUUCUGUCAGUUGCAUUCCCAGCUGAGAAUUUGUUCAGGUUGCAAUUUAAGUGCAGUUCUCCGUGCUGUUUUUCUUCUGCAAUUGUUUGUGAUCUCCUUUUGUGUUGCAUGCUUUUUAAAAUUGUUAUUCUUUAUCAGUUGUUCAUUUUUCCCAAAUCAGGCAGCUAUCAACUUUUAUUCUUUCCUUUCCCAGACUCACACAAUAAAGAAUCAUAAUAUGGGCUCCUUUUAUUUAGUUAGUUUUAACUUUUAUUGAUUUUAGAGAGGAAGGGAGAGAGAGAAAGAGAGAGAGCGAGAGAGAGAGAGAGAGAGAAACAUUGAUUUGUUGUUCAUUUAUUUAUGCAUUUAUUGGAUGAUUCUUGUAUGUGCUCAGACCAGGGAUUGAACCCACAACCUAAAGACACUAACCAACUAACCUAUCCAACCAGGGCCAGUAUGUUCUCCUUUUAUUUUAUUUUUGUUAAUUCUUACCCCAGGAUAUUUUUCCAUUGAUUUUUAGACAGAGUGAAGGGAGGGGUAGAAACAGAGAGAAACAUUGAUGUGAGAGCACAACAUUGAUCGGGUGCCUCCCGUAUGCCCCUCACUAGGGACCAAGACCACAACCCAGGUAUGUGCACUUGACUGAGAAUUGAACGGCAACCUCCUGGUGCAAGGGAUGACACCCAGCCAACUGAUUCACACUGGCCUGUGCAGAAAUCUCUUGACUAGAGAAUUUGCGAGGCUCUUUGCACUGUUUCUGUCAGAUUGUGUUCCUUUACAUUUCAUUUUCACCGUAUUAUCUUUCCUCCUGCUACACAUUUAUUCUUGUGUGAAUAUUCAGUCUUCCUUAUUUUCAUACAAACAAACAGGUCCAUUUCAGUAAUUUGCACAUUCCCCCCUUAACUUUCUUUUUAUCACAUUUCACUUUAUCCCUUGGCCUGGGAAGUACAUCAUCAUCUUAGACUUUCCUGAUUUAAGAGCCACAGAGAAAUAAAUGCUAUUCUGGAGUUUUUUAUUUGCUAUCCAGGCAGUCAUUCUAUAUACAGUGGUUUCUCUGACUGCAGUAUCCAUGUCAAGGCUGUGUUUACAUUCUUUUUGCUUUUGGAAUAGAGCUGCUUUUUAGUGGUGAUUUGCUCAUCUGACUUAGAGAACAGCUCCAAACUCUGCCGUCCAGACACUUGUUAAUUCCGUUUCCAGGUUUAGCCUGACAGUCUCUGGUUUACCUUCCCAGCAAGUAAUUAUAUGCUUCCCUUCCUCUUUUUAAGGCCUGAAAGGGCUCAGUGGUGAGUCCUUCAUCAUCAGGCACAGCUAGAGCAGAUGUGUCAUUCUUCAGGAUCAUGACUGUGUCCUGCUAAGUUCCAUGCCCCAUUGACCAGGAGCAGAACCUUGUGCAGAAGCUGCAUUUAUAGAGCUUGGUGUUAGCCUUUUCAUGAAAGGGUGAUCUGUGCUUCCUCCUGUUUUCAUUUUCAUUUUUCUUCACUCUCACUCUCUGAGUCUCCUCUGACAUCAGGAUUUGAAAUCUGUUUAGGAACCACCACUUCAGUUUCACCAACUCGCCCCUUGCCUCCCUUCCAACCCCAAUUCUUCUGGUUCCUGCCUGGGAAUUACCAUAGUAUUUUUGACGCCUUCUACAUGCCAGACCAUGCAUUCAUGCUUCUUGGGACACUGUCUUAUAGUAUCCUCAACAAACCUACAAGGUGGAGACCACUUCCGACUUGCUGCUGACAGGGAGAUGCUCGUAAACAUGGUCACACAGCAGAAAGAGACAAGGCUGGCUCCUAAGUGUUGUGCUUCCAUCCCAAAGGUGUUGCAGUUGAUAACUAUUUCUAUACAUUUUAGUUAUUAAAAACCUGAUCUUUUAAAAAAAAAAUGUUACCUUGGUUUUGAGGUACAAAGAAGUCUUGGAAUGCUCUCCGGCCCUGGAUUAAAUUCUCCGAGCACGAUAAGUGUGCUGAUCUGGCACUUCCACCUCUCAGGAUGUAUAUUGGCCCUGCAGUGACCCUGCUUUCCCUGAGAACCCGAAGGUGGCCCCAGGGACUUCUGGGAGGGUUGUUCACAUCCUGCCCUGUGCCUACAGGCUUCCCCACAGCUCAGGGCCAUUCACUUUGGCUGCUUUCCCAUCACGAGAAAGGAAACAUAAAAGCUGUUUUUUAAUGUUAAGGUUGCAACUUUGGGGAAGGUAGCAACCUUGGUACUUUAUUUGUGAGAUGCAUGUAUUUCUGAUGUCUGUAUAUUUCUGAUUUGUGAUUUUAGGUCACAAGUGUUAAAAAGAAACAAAAGCAAAGCCAUUUGAUUGGCGUCUGAGGAAGUUACUGGCUUGCCCUGACACUGAGCCAGUUCUUUAGCUUCUAGCUUUGGUACUGGGUCAUCAUAGGGGAUGUCUCAAGGUGUCAGUGAUGCUGAUGCCUGGGCACAACGCAGUAAUGUUUGAAGGGAGCUGUCUGAUGCCAGUGGGAGUUAGUAUUUUAAAUACGUCAGUCUCAGCCCUGUGGCCAUUUGCACAUAAGGAAGCUCUCAUUUCCUGGUGAUGCUAGGUGAACUUGUCGUUCAUGUGACAAAUGUUUUCCAGGUACCUCCUGUGUGUUGACCUGUUCCGGGAACUGGGGACAUAGCACCAUGAGGAAGCACAUCAUAAGUCUUUAUCUAACAUCCCCCAUUUGUGUGUGUUUCAAGUGCCGGCCACAGCGCAUGCAUGAGAGCAUGGAAGCAGGUUGUAGCCCUGGGAUCAGAUGCUAAGGGCAACUAGGAUCCAUUGGUUGAUAUCACAGCAAAUCCCACAGUUUGAAGAUGUUAAAUUUGAAGCAGCAAGUCUUUUGUCUGAAUUGUACUGUCAAGAGAACUCUGUUGAUGCAGCAAAGCCACUGUUGCGGAAAGCGAUCCAGAUAUCGCAGCAGACCCCAUACUGGCACUGCCGCCUGCUCUUCCAGCUUGCUCAACUGCACACACUUGAGAAGGACCUGGUGUCAGCCUGCGACCUCCUAGGUGUGGGAGCUGAAUAUGCACGGGUGGUGGGAUCCGAGUACACACGGGCGCUGUUCCUGCUCAGCAAAGGGAUGCUGCUGCUGAUGGAGCGCAAGUUGCAGGAAGUCCAUCCACUGCUGACCCUCUGUGGACAGAUCGUCGAGAACUGGCAGGGAAAUCCUAUCCAGAAGGAGUCUUUACGUGUCUUCUUCCUAGUGCUCCAGGUGACACACUACCUGGAUGCAGGGCAGGUGAAGAGUGUGAAGCCAUGCCUGAAGCAGCUGCAACAGUGCAUUCAGACCAUCUCCACUCUGCAUGACGAUGAGAUUUUGCCCAGCAACCCCGCUGACCUCUUCCACUGGCUGCCCAAGGAGCACAUGUGUGUGCUUGUCUACUUGGUGACUGUGAUGCACUCCAUGCAGGCUGGCUACCUGGAGAAGGCGCAGAAAUACACAGACAAGGCACUCAUGCAGCUGGAGAAGCUCAAGAUGCUCGACUGCAGCCCCAUCCUAUCCUCCUUCCAAGUGAUCCUGCUUGAGCACAUCAUCAUGUGCAGGCUUGUCACAGGACAUAAGGCCACCGCACUACAGGAGAUCUCACAGGUCUGCCAGUUGUGCCAACAGUCACCCCGGCUCUUCUCCAAUCACGCUGCACAGCUGCACACGCUGCUGGGCCUGUACUGUGUCUCCGUCAACUGCAUGGACAACGCAGAAGCCCAAUUCACCACAGCCCUGCGGCUCACCAACCACCAGGAGCUAUGGGCCUUCAUUGUAACCAACCUGGCGAGUGUGUAUAUACGGGAAGGAAAUAGACACCAAGAGGUAUUAUACAGCUUGUUGGAGAGGAUCAACCCAGACCACAGCUUCCCUGUCAGCUCUCACUGCCUUCGAGCAGCGGCUUUCUACGUGCGUGGGCUCUUCUCCUUCUUCCAGGGACGCUACAAUGAGGCCAAGCGAUUUCUGCGAGAAACUCUGAAGAUGUCCAAUGCAGAGGACUUGAACCGGCUCACAGCCUGCUCUCUGGUGCUUUUGGGCCACAUUUUCUACGUGUUGGGGAACCACAGGGAGAGUAACAACAUGGUGGUGCCCGCCAUGCAGCUGGCCAGCAAGAUCCCGGACAUGUCAGUUCAGUUGUGGUCGUCAGCCCUGCUGAGAGACCUGAACAAGGCCUGUGGGAAUGCCAUGGAUGCCCACGAAGCCGCCCAAAUGCACCAGAACUUCUCUCAGCAGCUGCUCCAGGACCACAUCGAGGCCUGCAGCCUCCCCGAGCAUAACCUUAUCACGUGGACAGAUGGCCCGCCGCCUGUGCAGUUCCAAGCUCAGAAUGGACCCAACACCAGCCUGGCCAGCCUCCUUUGAGACCCCUGGAGGGGACCACCCAGCUUCUCAAGGCCUCCGUGGGGCCUAGUGUGUCCCUGACUUCCACACAGACAGCACUCGCGCUUUCCUCUGAGGCGUGCUGGCAUGGUGUCCCCAGGCUUCUUUCCCAGAGCUUCCAAGUCCCCGGGGAGUGUGCAGGGCCAAUUCCCACCCUCCCAGGAAGGGCUGGCCAGCUUUACCGCUGUGAAUCAGGACCCUGGUGCUGAGGCUUGCAGGUGGAACGUUGGAGCCAAUUUUUCAGAGCCAUCCUUUCAAGUGGACUUGAACUGCCAGUCCUACUACAAGUUACACUUUCCUGGGACUGUAUCUGGAUGGGGAGUGCCAGGAUGGGCAGCACCACUGAGGCAUUGCCACGUGACUUCCAUUGCCUGAACUUCUGUGCCAGGCUGGAGUGUUUCCUCUGCUCUCACAGCAGCUUCCAGAGCUUAGAGGCAAGAUGCCAAUUUCUGGCCAAAAAUUGAAAGGAAGAAGUGAGGAUGCACAUCAGGGACAAAAAUGCAUGUCCUGCUACAACACUUUUCCCAGCUUGCCUUUCUCUCCAGCGUCCAUCCUUCUGACAACUAGUGCCUCUGGUCAGGGGACCCAUGAACUCGCCUUCCAAACAUCUGUACCUUGACUGGAUCACUGUCUGGCCAUGGGGGUGCACAUGCUGUAAACAUGGGUGUGCAUGUGUGUGCAUACUGUAGACAAGUGUGUGUGUGCAUGUGCAGUAGAUACAGGUGUGUGUGUGUGUGUGUGUGUGUGUGUGCGCGCGUGCAUAUGUGCACAUGCAUGUGUGUUGAUUCUCAGAGCUGGAGCUGGAGCUGAGACUCCUGUGUUUGCACCAGCUGCCUUCCCCCAUCAGUGUCUGUAUUGUGGGGUAGGAAGCAGGGGAAAGGGGAGAGGACCCUCCUCAGUCCAACUCAGGGUGCUGAACGAAGGCAGCUCUGUGGCCUCGUCUGCAGAGGAUAUUUGCAGAUGUCUGGAGCCCAGCCAACCUGGCCCUUGGGAGGGAGGACUACCUACCGUGGGUCUCGGCACAGCAUUGAAACCUCUUCCCAAGCUGGAACCCUCCCUCCCCCCCAGGAAGUUCUGCCAGGCUCAGACAGUGUGCUUGAUUCUGUGCUCCUCUUGGAUACUCUAGGAGGUGCCCCAGUGAUGAUGGUGGGAUUGGGGGCAAUCAAGGCAGCCUCCCCCUCCAACUUCUGGCACCUGGGGGCAGCUCCCCACUGAGGGGUGGUGAGUGGUCUUGCUGGUCAGAGUGGCUUGUUGGUUUGUGUCUCAUUACCCUUGCACUGUGAAGGCUGCUUCUCGAAGCCUCUGUCUGUGAUGGAAGGAACGUUAGGAUAUGGGAUUACUCAGGUAGCUACUUGGGCUCUGAGCCUGGGUGUGCCUUAGCCACAAGCAGGACUCUUAGCAGAUCACCCUGCACUGGGCCACUGCCCUCACCAGGCCUGUGACAGGGCCCUGCUGCCCACUUGGGGGCCAGUGACAGGCAUGCAGGUGAGUCACCAGUUAGAGGGGCAGGCUUUCCAGGGCUUGUCCCAAGAGGACCUACCAUCCCUGUGUUGCCCAGGAGAACCUGGGUGUUCAGCGCUGCUCCCUCUGCUGACACCCCUGAGUGUGUGAGGCCUGUGGAGGAGGGUGUAAGCCCAGUCAUAAGCUGUCCCCAUUCUGUCUUCCUCCUCCAUCAGGGGCCUUCCCCUCCACUCAAGGGAUGGAGCCCCCAUCUCGCCAUAAGCUGCGCCUACCAGCCUGGAUCCCACACUGUCUAACUUCUCUGUAUCCACAUUAGUUCAAUUGUUGCACAUGUUUGUCUCUGUGUAUUUAUUUAAGCCUUUCUUUGCUUCUAGGGCAUUUUGUAUGUAGAACAAUUUAAAUAAGAACCUCAAAACUUAAUGUCUGUUCCGAUGUUAAAGUGCUUUUAGUGACCACUCUGUUAUCUAUAUGUGUGUGUAAAGUUAAGGAUAAGUUCUUAAGUUUACAAUGAAAAAUUCAGUACUCAACAUUUAAUAUUCCACUUAGCUUUAUGGGAGCCAAACCGUGUGUAUGGUUUUGAACCUCCCUUUAAUGCAGCAUCUACCAAUAACAUCAGGCUGUCAUACAUACCUUUCUGUGAGUCCACAUUGAGUGUCUCACAGUUUCUCAAUCAUAAGAAUUUAAGACAGGUAGCAAGUGAGCCACCAGAGAGAUGUUGCAUAAGUGUCAUAUAGCUAAAUGUUUGAAAAAAUAACAUAAAAAUUCCAAACUCUUGGGCACACAGUAAUAGCAGGAUUUCGUUGGCAGGUCAAUUGCUAAAAAUUGGUCAGACCCUCAUGUGCUCUCCCCACCUCCUCCUGUUAAUAGAAGUGGCCCUGGGCUUGCUGGUCUGGGGUGCUGGUCCUGGAGGUGCUCCCAGGUUCCCUCGAAAACAGCUGCCUCCUGCAGGUGGCCACAGGCAUGGUGAGGGUCCUCUCCCUGGGGUAAAUACUCCCUAUCCCACUGACUGAGAGCACAAUUGAGUAAGGGCUGCCUGGCACAGUGGAUAUGCUUGUGGUUGCAUUGUUUGUUUUGUUAAAGGGUUUUUAAUAAGUAUGUUUGGCAUAAUAUCUUUUUAACGGGUUUGUAAUAUGGUUUUAGCAGCCUGUAACUUCACUGGUGCUUUUAAUCAGGAAAACAAAUCUAUAAAUGCAAAACAUUGUUUAAAAGACAUAACUAUACAAUAUAGCUUCUUGUUUGUGGAUUUCUUUUUCUUUGUAUUCAAAGUAAAAUCACUUGCAGUAGCUAUCA